AUGGGCUUGGGCUGGAGCAGCGCGGAGGAGCGGCGGCCCCUCCUGCCGCCGCCGCCGCAGCAGCCGCGGCCGCAGCCGCGGGGGCCGGCGGGGGUCCCGGCGGGGGUCCCGGCGGGGCGGCUGCCGCCGCUGUCGGGCCGCGUGUACGGGCGGCGGUGGCUGGUGCUGCUGCUGUUCUCGCUGCUGGGCUUCGCGCAGGGCCUGGUGUGGAACACCUGGGGCCCUAUCCAGAACUCGGCCCGCCUGGCCUUCGGCUUCAGUGGCUGGGACAUCGCCCUGCUCGUCUUCUGGGGGCCCAUCGGCUUCGCGCCCUGCUUCUUCUUCAUGUGGCUCAUGGACAAGAAGGGUCUGAGGGUAACAGUGUUACUAACAUCAUCCCUCAUGGUAUUGGGAGCUGGCCUGAGAUGUGUUCCAGUUUCAGACCUAGAAAUUAGGAAAAAGCUGGUCCACGGCGGGCAGCUGCUGAACGGGCUGGCGGGCCCCACGGUGAUGAACGCCGCUCCCUUCCUCUCCACCACCUGGUUCUCCCCGGACGAGCGCGCCACGGCCACGGCCAUCGCCUCGCUGCUCAACUACCUGGGCUCGGCCGCCGCCUUCCUGGUGGGGCCGCUGGUGGUGCCGCCGCCCAACGGGACGGCGCAGCUGGGAGCGCCCUCCAACACCCAGCACAUCAAGGACCGCAUCGAGGCCGUGCUCUAUGCAGAAUUUGGAAUGGUUUCCCUGAUAUUUUCUGCAGCGUUGGCCUACUUCCCCUCGCGCCCUCCGUUCCCCCCCAGCGUGGCUGCAGCGAGCCAGCGCCUCAGCUACAGGAGAAGUUUUUGCAGACUCUUAAGCAAUUUCCGAUUCUUGAUGAUUGCUUUGGCCUAUGCCAUACCACUGGGUGUUUUCUCUGGCUGGUCUGGUGUUCUGGAUUUGAUAUUGACACCCAUUCAUGUAAGCCAGGUGGAUGCAGGCUGGAUUGGAUUUUGGUCUAUAGUUGGAGGUUGUGUUGUUGGCAUAGCAAUGGCAAGAUUUGCAGAUUUUAUCAGGGGCAUGCUGAAGUUCAUACUGCUGCUACUUUUAUCUGGAGCAACAUUAGCAUCAACCUGGUUCACUCUCACCUGUCUAACUUCUGUCACUCAUCUGCCUUUGACCACAGCUACACUGUACACAUCCUGCAUUUUGCUGGGCAUAUUCCUCAACAGCAGCGUACCAAUAUUCUUUGAGCUCUUUGUGGAGACAGUCUACCCUGUUCCAGAAGGAAUAAGCUGUGGAGUUGUCACCUUUUUGAGUAAUGUGUUCAUGGGAGUGCUUUUGUUUUUCCUCACAUUCUACCAUACAGAGUUCUCCUGGUUCAACUGGUGCCUGCCAGGGUCGUGUCUGCUCAGCCUGCUCCUCAUCCUGUGCUUCCGCGAGUCCUACGACAGACUCUAUCUCGACGUCGUCGUCUCCGUGUGAUCACCCUGCACUGGUGAGGGCUUGGAAGAGACUGGAAGUCGGCUUUGCAGUCUGCACAUCUGCCUGGAUUUGCACAGCUGAACAGCAGAAAAACAAAGAAAUUUCAAGACUUAAUUGUGGCUUUAUUUAGUGAGGGUGAGGGAUAGGUUGUUCUUAUGUUCAAGACCAUCUUGAUUUGCCAUAAAUGUGGAACUGGAGUGGUGAUGGAGACACCAAAAUGCACAAAGAGAAUCUCUCUGCUGUCCAGGUCCCUGUGCAGGGCUGGGGCUCUCUGUUGGAGAGGCUGUUGAUGUAGCAGUGAGGUGUAUGUUGUGUGUGUGUGCCUGUGUGCUGACUCACGGUUAUACACACCAGGGUACCAGUAAUCUUCAGAGUCUUCUAUCAGAAUGAAAAUAGGGAAUAAUCUUAACAAAAGGAAAAAAAAUAAGAAAGAAAACAAAAAUCAUUUCAAGAUCUCUUUAAAAUCACUAGUCAUUUAUAUUUUGAAUGCUCAUUAAACAUUUAAGCUAAAAUGAUUCGGUGCUUGUACACUACAUUUACAUUCUAAUAAAGUGGGUUCUGAUAUAAGACACUGGUACCAGGGUUUUUAGCCAUACUAAAUACCCCAAAUAAUCCUUGCAGUUUUAUUAGAGGUGUAUGUUACCACCCUGGAGCACAAGUAAACAAUAGCUUUAGCUGCCACUGAAUCCCAACGUGCACCCACAGUCAUCUCUGAAAUGCCACCCUGGUUCCUGAUAUGGAGCAUCUGUGGUGUACUGGAGUGUCACUCUAGGUAAAUGUUGCUGUUCUAAAGGCCACCACUGUGUCACCUUUCCAUCCUCCAUCUCCAGUACUGCCUUUUUACUGUUUGUGCCACUGAAUACUGUGGGUGUGGAUGUCUGAAUCCUGCUAGCUCUCUCCUGAUACUCUAAGGUGUGUGUGGUUUUUAGGAUUAGUUUAUGACUGAGGGUGCCUAAACAAUAUUGCUUGUAACCCAAGUCUGGAGAAAUCACUGUUUCCUAAAAAAACCUUUCUAGUCGAGGAGGUGCAUUGAUGGCGAAAUGACAAUGAGUUUGACAAUGAGUAACUCACGAGUUCUGGCAUAUGGGAAAUUAUUGCCAGAUCUUUUUAUCAGUACUAAUCUGUGGUCAUUCUGGCCCUUACUUGAACAUAAAUAUUAAAGACACUUUGAAUAGUUUUUUAACUCAAUUUUUAAACCUGCUAAUGAUUUCUUAAUUAUAUUCUUAGAUUUCAGUUCAGCAUCAUUUAAAAUAUUUCUGUAUGUGUGUGUGUGUGUGUGUUCUGUGCUUUGUGUUACGGAGAUGUGUUUGUGUGUAUGGGGGCGUGCAUAUUUAUAUCAAUGUAUACACAAAUAAAACUUAUAUAUAUAAGAGAUACAUAUAUAUAUAUAUAUAUAUAAGUUGUGCAAGGGUAUGUGUUUGCCUAGGUUUACUGCAGGUGAUCCUGCCUGGGGAAGGUGAUGUGCCCUUGUUUGUACCCAAGCCAGUCACUGCCGUGAGUGGGAAGCGUUGUGCACGGCCUGCGACAGGGAUUCUUUUCAGGGAAUGAUUUCCUGUCCUGGCAGUUCUGUGGCAGGGGGUGGGUGCACGUGUUGGAGGAGGCUCUGCAUCUCCAGAAGUUGAAUCAAGCACCCUCUGCUCCUGUAUGGGGCUCUUCUUUGCCCCUGGGGCAACACCAACACGGUAAGCUCACCCAAAUAAACCCAGAACUACCUUUCAGACAUGGAUCUGUUCCUUCUGCCUGCUCUCCUUUUGUAGAGAGAAUACACCUCUAAGACUUAACUCAGGAGUGUAUCUGUGCAGUAAAAUAAAACAAGCUGUUCCCUGCUUUUAUGUUUUCAGAGCAAUUGAUGUCCUUACUGUAGUAACUGAAAAUGGAUUUAGCUCAUUGCUUGUAUCAGUUCUGAAUAGUCUUUCCUGUCUUGAAGCAGGUUCUUUGUGGUAGUGGAGCUAACCUGCAUAGGGAAAAUGAAAUCAGUCCAACCAGCACAUUCAGAUCCACUGGCAUCAUCCCUUACUUUUCAGAUGAGUGGUGUUAACUGUCCAGCUUCUUUUUACUAUGUUUUAGUGCCUGGAUUAGUUUCAGUAUCCAGUAGCUGCUGCUACCUAUUGUCUCUGAAACCAGGGAUCGUUUGCCAAGAGUCUGGAGUUGCAUUGUCAUGGCAGAACUGCAAGCUGGGAUGGCUCUCCAGAGCUCUGUUUCUGCAAUGUACUGUAGCUAUAUAAAGAUUAAAAUUGCUGUCCUGAGUGACAGAGAUUUCUAACCCUUUCACUGUCCUGACUGUUUUAAGAUGAAGAAGCAUUUUACACAAUGCUUAGACUAUAACCUAUUCUUCCUCUGUUCCAGAAGGCAUCAGACAAUUUAAAAUAUUUGUCAGUGCUUCCAGAUGCAGGCUCUCUGUAGUCAGGGGGACAAGUGAACCUCUUGUUUUAAACCCUGUUGAUUGUUUUUCUGAGUCAGAGUGAAUGGCUCACUGUGGCUCUGAUGCUUUGGUAGCUGUUGCUCUGUGUGGUGAGUUGACUGUGGGAGGACACCACGUGCCCAGCAAAGCCACUCUGUCAUUGCCCUCCCCAGCUGGGCAGGGGAGAGAAAAUACAAUGGAAAGCUCAUGAGUUGAGGUAAGAACACUCACCAGUGACCAUCAUGGGCAAGGCAGACUCAACCUGGGGAAACCAGUUUAGUUUACUAGCAAUCAUAUCGCAGUAGGAUAAAGAGAAAUAAAACCUGAUCUUGAAAACACCUUCCCCCAUCCCUCCCUUCUUUCCAGGCUUAACUUUACUUGUGGUUUUCUCUCCCCCUUCCCCUCAGCAGCACAGGGGGACAGGGAAUGGGGGCUGUGGUCAGACCAUCACACAUCCCCUGAGGACUCCUCACAUCCUUCCCCUGCUCCAGCAUGGGGGGAGACAAUCCUCCACAAAUUUCUCCAUUGUGGGCAGGGACCUUUGGGAACAAUCCUGCCAGCAAACCUGCUCCAGCCUGGGCUCCACUCUCCAUCCUGCCAGGAGUCUGCUCCAGCAGGUUUCCCACAGCCUCCUUUGGGCAUCCAGCUGUGGGGCACGGGGUUCUCCACAGGCUGCAGGGGAAUCUCUGCUCCCCAUGGGCCACAGCUGCC